AUGUCAGGACCAGAUUCACCGACCGAGCGCUUAUACCAAUUCAUAUCUGAUCCAGGACACAAAGAGAACCUCUCGGGUCGGGUACGAGCAGCCUGCUUGACGUGCAGGCGGAAGAAGAUUAAAUGCUCGGGCGAAUUCAAUUGCAGUCCCUGCCGGGAGAAAGGACUCGUUUGCGAGGGACUGCCCGAGCGGAAGCGGCCGUCGAGAGAUUCCAGCAGCGCUCUUGCACAUGGUCCUGUCCUGUCGGGCAGGGUUGAACGGAAGAAGAAAUCCACAUCACCGAAUAAACCGAGCCCCCAACAGAAGCUGGCGACCGCCUUGGUGUCUGGCGAUACUGUCAAGAGCAAGGACUCCGGAGAUGCUAGCACUCAGGCAGAGACAGAAGCUACCCUUUCACUUUCUCCAGCACCUCUUGUCGACCCAGUUGCGGAAGCAGACACUACAAAUAUGCACCUGCGCGGUCCUACAGCAGCUCAUGAGGCGGGACUUCGAAUACACACGUGGCAUCUCAACGACACCGCUCUUGACCCGAACGAACGGGAUCCUCUGAGUGCCACGAACACCGAUUUCCAAGCCUUCAACCUCUCGCCUUGUGACGCACUGUUCUCUGCCGACGCCGUCCGGUCUCCUUUCAGUUGGACCAAUGUCCAGGAUGAUGGCUGGUGGACAAGUAAGCCUGAAGAAGGCGUCGCCAAUCUCACAGCCUCGGUGCCGCCAGAUCUGAGCCACCCAAGACCACUAGCGCUCACUCCAGGAGCACGCCCAAGCAUGAAUGCUCCACACGACAUCACGCGGCGACAAACAAUCGCAUUCCCACUCCAGCCACCCAGCGAACCUCAAUAUGGUCUCCUCCAGAACCGUAAGCAAAUCGCCUUGCAAAAACCCAUCCAUGGCCUCAACACUGACCAGAUGUGCUAGAACAUGGCGUCUUCGACGACCUAGCUCUGCUCACAGCAACUCGAACUCCAGGCACGGGCACGGCGCCCCAUCUCACGGAAUUCUCCUGCUGGUGGGAUAUCGCGAAUCUCGACUUUGCCCAGGCGCAUCGGAACCUGCACAUGCCACUUCCCGAACACCAGCAGGCGGGAGCUCUGAAUUCUGAAAUUGCACCGAAUAACGUUGCGAGUAUCCCUCAGCAGCAAUUGAAGCAGCAGCAGAAUGCCGCUACGGACUACUUUGGCCCGCUCUGGCCGGAUCGAGGCGGCUGA